AUGAAGUCCCCGAUAGCUCCCAUCCUUCUCGAGCCCCAUCUCGGCGAACUUCCAGGGAGUUCACGAAGAAUUUCUCGCAACGAUGCGGCUACCGGAGCAUCUGCCGCAGGCGUUCGUGCUCUCAGUGCACAGAUGGUAGCCUUCUAUUUUAGGGCCCCGAUCAAAGCUUUCUUUCGUAUGCGUGUCGAGUAUGUAGUAUCUGUGGACCUAAUGAUCUUUGCAUUGACAAUAUUUCACCUAAUGAGAAACACAAUCAACCCAUCACCAGCCUUGGUUACUUAUCGUUUGAAACAGGUAUUUGCAAGAGCUGUGAACCCCCGUGUUGCUGAAGGCAAAUGGUCUCUGCACACGACAACCCCGGGAUUAUUGCUCCACGCCGUUCGGACAUAUGGCUGGCGGUUUAUCCCCAAUCAAGUGCUCCCACCUUUGAUGGCCAAUGCAGGGGUUGGUGCUGUCCUCUACACGUCCUAUCUCCAGGUUUUAGGAGCCCUACAUGAGCCUGUGUCUCAAGGGGUCAAGCGAGUCUGGCCCCCGGCUCCUCCUUUUGCAACAUUUACAGCUGGAUUCACUGCCGGUACAAUUCAGUCGAUUGUAGCUGCACCUCUGGAUGCGUUACAGGUUCGGUUUCGAACCAAUGACAUGUUGAAGGAUUGGUUUCCGGGGGUAUUUGCAGGCUGGAGCCUGUCAUUCAUGCGGGAUUCACUCGGUUAUGCUGUGUUCUUCUCCUCGUUCGAAUACAUCAAGUCACAGUCCUACUAUUCCUUCAUCACCUGGUACUAUGGCUCUCUGCAAGUCGAUCAUGUGGACAAGCUUUCAUCGUCCGAGUCCAGUGACCGUGGGGUGCCACUCAUCAAGCCCCACUAUGCCUUGGAGCCAUGUUUCCUGAUGAUGGCUGGUGUUGUGGCAUCGAUCGCUCAGCAAACUAUUCAGCAUCCUCUAAGUAGGAUUCAAGACCUCCAUCUGGGUCGACUGGAAUAUCUGGAUCAUCAGGCUAGUUUGAUACCCUCGCGACAGAAGAUGAUCCGAUUAUACUACCACGCUUAUCAAGAGACCUUCAAGAGGUGCAAGCGGAAGGCUGUGCGGGCCGGGGGCUGGCGCUCCUGGCUGUUCCGUGGUUUUGUCGGGAGUUCUCUUCGCCAAGUACCUAGUACCAGUGCCGGGCUGAUAAUUUUUGAAUUGUCGCCUGCGACCACAUCGCCUGAGUGGCGCCCUAGUGCAGACCAAUACUCAAAAGGAUAUGCCCAGGUCUCGCUGACUCCCCGCCUCUGUGGAGAACCUCUCUUAUCGAUAUCAUUCCCAUCUCCGCAUUCUUUUCGGGAGGGCUGCGAGGUUCAGCCCAAUACCGCCAUCAUUUCUCCGACUUCUUCCACACGCGCCUCUAACAUACCUCUCCGGUCCCUACCCUCUGAUUCCCGCUCUACCCAUUCGGGCUUAUUGGAGUCCAACGAGAAGGGUAGUCGACGGUCUUCCCACUCGUCUGCUCGCUCGGUCGGGUCUGACUUCUCAAUCUGGUCAGAUACCGGUGAUCUCGCCGAGCAGUUCACCGAGACUGAAGAUCCGUUGCAUAUUCACCUUCGGGAUUCCUCAGACCGACGGCUCUUGCGUCGAAAAGACCGAAAAAAGCAACCCAAAAACGUACACUAUUCUUCAGACUUAAGCAACAAGAGUUCUGGAGUCGAUAUUGAAAAGAUCAAAAUACCAAAUCCUCCCCCGCGACAUAUUUCGAGAGUUGAACGCGUUCUGGCCGCCAUAAUGACACCCAGAAAUGAACCACGCGCCCAGAUGCAUGGCUUAGUCGGAAAGCCAUUACUUUAUUUCACAAGUGUGUUUGUAUCACUGGGUGUCUUUCUUUUUGGCUAUGACCAGGGUGUAAUGUCAGGCAUCAUAACUGGCUGGUACUUCACAGAUUACUUCAACAAGCCUUCUCGGGCUACAAUUGGUACUGUGGUUGCAGUUCUCGAAAUUGGAGCACUCAUAUCCUCGCUCCUCGUGGGGCGUGUCGGUGAUGUGAUCGGUCGUCGAAGGACUAUACUUUAUGGCUCCAUUGUGUUCUUCAUUGGUGGUGCUUUUCAAGCAUUUGCCACAGGCAUUCCCAUGAUGAUGGUCGGUCGUGUCAUUGCUGGGCUAGGGGUUGGUGCCCUCUCUACCAUUGUGCCUGUCUACCAGUCUGAAAUCUCGCCUCCCCAUAACCGUGGGAAGCUCGCAUGCAUCGAAUUCACCGGCAAUAUUGCUGGAUAUGCGACUAGUGUGUGGGUAGACUAUUUUUGUAGCUUUAUUGAUAGCGACUAUUCCUGGCGCCUUCCUCUCCUUUUCCAGUGUGUCAUGGGUGCCUUGCUUGGAAUUGGCAGUCUGAUGAUCUGCGAAUCACCUAGGUGGCUGCUUGAUAAUGACCACGACGAAGAGGGUAUGGUGGUAAUUGCAAACCUUUAUGGUGAAGGCGAUCUCCUCAAUGACAAGGCUCGUCAAGAAUAUCGUGAGAUUAAGAUGAACGUCCUCGUCCAGCGACAGGAGGGCGAGCGAUCCUACUCCGACAUGUUCCGCCGGUAUCGCAAACGUGUUUUGAUUGCAAUGUCGGCCCAGGCUCUAGCUCAACUCAACGGGAUCAACGUAAUCUCAUACUAUGCGCCUCUCGUGUUUGAACAGGCCGGCUGGGCUGGACGGGAUGCCAUUCUUAUGACUGGGAUCAAUGGUAUUUCAUAUUUGCUAUCUACCAUACCACCGUGGUAUCUCGUGGAUGGCUGGGGUCGGCGACCGAUUUUACUUUCGGGUGCUGUUGCCAUGCUCAUUUCGCUUUCACUUAUCUCCUACUUCAUUUACAUUGAGAUCCCUGCCACCCCAACCCUGACGGUCAUCUUCGUUAUGCUCUAUAACGCAGCUUUUGGAGCCUCUUGGGGCCCAAUUCCAUGGUUAUACCCCCCCGGAGAUCUUGCCUUUGAGGACCAUUAUACUGACUAUGUGACCUCAGUUUACUUUUUGUACCCCGAAACGAGCGGGGUUCGCCUCGAAGAUAUGAACGUCCUUUUUGGCGAUGCUUCUACCGCCAUGCCGACACCCGCCACCCAAGGCGAACGUGGGUCAUUGAUGGGUGCUGGUUCACCCGUUCCAUCGCUUGAUCUGCGUCGGCAAUAUGGUCAAUUUGGGGCAGAGAGUUCCAUCCCCGGCCUAGAUAUUGACCCGCCGACUUCAAGCCAUGAAGGAACCAGCAAACGCGGACGCUCAGAUUCUCACCAGGGUAGUGCUCGCGGCGAAGGAAUUGGUGGCUGGAUCUCAAGCAUGGUCACUCGAAACCGAGGAGCGGGUCCCGACGCUACCAACAGUCAAUAUAGACGUUUGGAGCAAGGAGAAGGAGACGAGCAGUGA